UACGCCUAGCUUUGAAAUCUCUGGAUAUUUGGUAUCAGGGACGUUGUUUAUUACGCAUUCGUGUGUUGUAAACGCUCGACGUUUACCUUCUCGUUGGCAGCGCAAAUUGUCUCACGUUGAAUAUCCAUAGAGAUUAGUUAGAGUACAUUUAACGCCGCCUACAUUACACUACACUAUUUCCCCGGGGUGCGCUGGCGUUAGAAACGAGUGAAACCUUACCAGCAGAAGGAAGCUAGAAGUGUACGGCAGACAGAAUGGCAGACGAGUCCUUGUUUGAAUUCCUCCAUAUGGAGAUUGUUUCUCACAUUUUCAACGAGCAGCAGUCAAGUAAAGGAGAGAUGGACAACAAGGACAGAGCAGCGUGUAUUUCUCUCUUGGAAGCCAUGGGCUUCAGGGUGGGACAAGGCCUCAUCGAGAGGCUGACACGGGACACCCCCAGCUUUAAAGAUGAGUUGGAUAUAAUGAAGUUUAUUUGUAAGGACUUCUGGACUAAGGUGUUCAGGAGACAGGUGGACAACCUACGAACAAACCAUCAGGGGACUUAUGUCUUACAGGAUAACAAGUUUGCCUUACUGACUCAGUUUUCCAGCGGGAAACAGUAUCUGGAUCAGGCUCCUAAGUAUCUUGCUUUUUCCUGUGGUGUGGUGAGAGGAGCUCUGUCCAACCUCGGUCUGGAGAGCGUGGUGACAGCUGAGGUCUCGAUCAUGCCGUCCUGUAAGUUUCAGGUGGUCAUCCAGAAGCUGUGACCCAGUUAUAUUGAUCAGCCUGCCACACAUAAACGCUGCCAACAGAUGGGACUGCAUUAAAUGUAGUGGAGACAUGACAAUAAAGCAUCACCAUCGGAUGAACCUGGGUUACUAAGCUUCUGCAAGCAUCCUGUAUGGAGUGAAAUGGGCCAGAGAUGACGAACUAGGCUUCUUGUUUGUGCAGAUUUCUCUUCAUUUGUAGUUGUUGUUUAGAUUGUGUCGUAUUUAAACAGUGUAAGACAUAAAGCCCUGCGUAAACUCACUUGUCUUUGUUUUGGAAACAUUUAUUCAAUGUAAGCAUCUAAGUAAUUUUAUCUAAACAUAUGAUAAAUGUUUUUUAUAAGGUGUUAUUGAAGUCUGCUGAAUGCUUGGUGUAAUACCAGACUCACCAGAGCAGGUUAUUUAAACAGAGUUGGAAAAAGUCUUGGUCUGGGAAUAAAACUGUUGUACCUAAAUCUUAAGUCAUCUGCACCAGAUUUAGCUAAGACACAAACCCAAACCUAAAGCCAUUUUUAUAA